GUUUUUCAGUCACCUUCUACUCUUUUUUUUGAUACUUAGUCACCUUCUACUCUAUUAACACAAACGCACAUAAUUUCUCAAUCGGCAAUGGCAUGAAACCGUAUUGUGCCCAACCGAAACUUUCAUUGGGACCUACAAUGGCGUUCACUACUGGGUUCCGAUUACUCCGCUGCUCUCAGUUGUCACUACCCGCCUCUCCGACCCGGUUAUGGAGUCUCCGACAAGGUGGUUCACAUCUCCGGUUCCUCUCGGCCGGUCCUUCUCACCGGAGAGUCAGAACUCCGGUGAAAGCGAGGCGGAGAGAAGCGGAUGAGAGGGAAGACGGAGAAGAGGGGAAUGGGAGCGUUGUAGUGAGGGACAAGAAGGGUAGUGGAAGUGGAGGUGGAAGUGGAAGUGGAAGUGGAGUAGAGGGAAGGAUUAUCCAGUCGGAGCUUCACAAGGAGGCCACCGAGGCCUAUAUGGCUUACGCCAUGUCAGUCUUGCUGGGUCGGGCCUUGCCCGAUGUUAGGGACGGGUUGAAGCCCGUCCACCGCCGUAUACUGUAUGCAAUGCAUGAAUUGGGACUUUCAUCACGGAAACCUCACAAGAAAUGUGCAAGAGUAGUGGGAGAGGUUCUUGGCAAGUUUCAUCCACAUGGGGAUACUGCUGUAUAUGAUUCCUUGGUCCGAAUGGCACAGGAUUUCUCCUUGCGUAGCCCACUCAUUCGAGGGCAUGGGAAUUUUGGCUCGAUUGAUGCAGAUCCUCCUGCGGCGAUGCGUUACACAGAGUGUAGACUGGAAGCACUGACAGAAGCAAUGUUAUUGGCUGAUUUAGAGCAAGAUACAGUUGAUUUUGUCCCAAAUUUUGACAAUUCUCAAAAAGAACCAUCAUUGCUUCCUGCUCGGAUCCCUAACUUAUUGUUGAAUGGUGCUUCUGGAAUUGCGGUUGGAAUGGCUACAAACAUUCCUCCGCAUAAUCUUGGGGAGUUAGUGGAUGCACUCUCUGUGUUGAUUCAUAAUCCUGAAGCCACGGAUUCCAUGAGGACUUGGAGAGGAGCUAGACUAGGGAUGAUAGACUUGCUAGGGAUAUCUUUACCUGGCAUUGAUGGCAAUAGCAGGAGGAGAAAAAGUGAUGUUGGAAAUGUUGUGCAGACGGAAAAGGGGAAGAUUGUGAUGCAUCAAGAUGCUCUGUUUUCUAGAAUGGGUGAUGAAGCUUUGGAGUGCAAGAGUUUUGAUGAGAAAGUGGAUAACAUAGGCUAUGAUCUUAAUGGCCUCAGAGGCUCUGUUUGUGAGGCCUCUGUUUCUUCAGAAUUUGAUAAAUGGAGUUGUUCCCUUGUUUGGAAGAAAGAAAAUUUGGUGAUAAUUGGGGACAGUUGUGGUGGUCUUUGGAGAUGCACAAUUUGUUUGAAGCCAGAAUCAAAGUCUGAUGUCCUGAUUUUGGUUGAAGACGAUUCAGCUGGGGAAGUAACACUACAUGGAAAGGUAAGUAAGAGUGGUGUACAUAGGUUUGGUGAACUGAAUGGGAAUGGACUUCUAGCCAUUCCUGUUUUCCCAGCCGGUUCAGCACCUCCAGCAGGAUUUCGCGCCAUCUCUUUGUUGAUUCUGCCUGGUUCAGCAUCUUCAGCAGAAUUUUUUGGUUGGUACUGGCCCGGUUCAGCAACUCCAGCAGGACUUCGCCCUUGUGCAGAGAGUUUCAGCAUCUUUUUUUUUAUUGUUGAUUCUGCAUCCACUGCUUAG